UAUUUUUAGGUUACCCCAAGAAGCCUCAAAAUGUGUCACAGCAUCUAUUCAUUGCUGCAAACCUUAGUAUGCGGACUUCAGAUGUUGUCACGGGUCUUCAUGACCACCAUUUUAAUGAUAGAGAAUCUCUUACGUUUGAUACUGCAAACUUUAUACAAUUUCGUAUCAUUUGUGCUACAACUGCUGUCGCUAAUACCAAUCUGCGCGGUGUUCCUUGUAGCGGCUAGACUGAAAUGCUUUGUGUGUGGUGGUGGAGGAGCGUGUCCGGUUAAUAACAGAGGUGGCGGCGCCUGCGAUUGUUUGAUGUCAGCUGUCGCGAUCAUCAUUAUGUUCUUCAUAUUCCGGGCGACUGGAGUUCUCGACAAGAUAUUCUACAGCCUCGGCUACACUAAAGCGAAAACGUUGACGUACAAAUUCUCGCCAACGCCAGGUGACAUCACAGAGUGUUCCAGAAAUGACAGCGAGUAUACUGAAAUCACUAGAAUGCGUGAAGAAUGGAGUGACUACACUGAGAUCUCUACUGCGACGUAUCUGACAGAUGAAGACGUUACGAUAAGUACCAUAGAGGGUUUGAUAACUCUACCGACUGAUAUCGUCAAUGUCACAGAAAUUACAAUCAUUAACACCAUUACUCAAGCGGAAGUGCCUACAGCGGGUUAAUGUAAACCAGCAGAAUA